UUUAACCAUCAAUGCAUCAAUCAACAAAAAAAAAACUGCUGUUCUGUCACGACGAUUUUCUUUCUGUGUUGUAAUUAUUUUUGUUGCUAAAAUAGUAGAUAAUUAGUGGACUUUUCCAUUUAAUUUGCUUCAUUUGUGUUUCUUACGUAAUUAUAUUGUGCUUUAAAUCAGUUUCUAGCCGCCGAGGUACCAAUAUUUUACUACAUCGUGUAAUCGUCUCGGUGCUGAUAAUUAUUCUGAUAUAAACAUUUUAUGAACUGCGAUGUGGUGCAGAUAGUUAAUUUUGUGUAUUGCGUGUGAAAUGUCACAACAUGGAUGCCCAGAGAGACUUUCCAAUAGAUCGAAAGGAUUCCAGGAAGAUGGUCCGAGCCAGCCUACGAUGGAGGUCCUGGUGGAGACCCUCACGGGGACCGCCUUCGAAAUGACGGUGUCCCCGACGGACACUAUAUUCGCGAUCAAAUCGAAGAUAUUCAGGGUUGAAGGUAUCCCAGUAUCGCAGCAGCACCUGCUGUACAACCUCAAGGAGCUGGACAACGCGUCGAUGCUGCGCGAGCAUGGCGUGGGCGACGGCGCGCGCCUGCGGCUGGUGCUGGGCAUGUGUGGCGGGCCCAUCACCACGCGCCGCCUGCCGCCGCCCGCCGGCGCCGAGCCCUGGCGGGACAUCGAGCGCCUCCUGGACACCACCAGGGAGGAGACGGAAUGGGGCAGCAACGGCUGCAAGGUGACGGUGCUGGUGUUCCGCGAGGGCGAGCGCGUCAACAUGCUGCGCGUGCGCGAGAAUCGCGACGGCUCCUACUCGCCGCUCGACCACAACAAGUACUCGUCAUCGCUGACACAUCUCCUCGAGCACGAGCCGGACGACGGGCUGUCGGGCUCGCUGCACGAGAACGCGGUCACCAUGGGCAAGAUGAUGGACCUGCGCCGCCGCAUGGAGGACCUGUCCGUGCAGCGCCGCCGCAGCGACCGCGCCGACAAGCCUGAGAUCCAGAAGACUCGCAGCGAGGAGACUUUAGCGGGUGCGCGCUGCGAGCGGCCGCGCGCCUUCGAGGACGACGCCUGCCGCUACCGCCUGCACUACCACUGCGCACUCAACGACCGGUAUUCCGUGCUACCAGGAAUCGGCGUGCGAAGCGAGUCCGAGCAGUCCAUCCACGACGCCGCCGCGCUGCUGCUGCCCGGCGCAGACCGCGCGCCCGCCACGGCGCCGCAAGACCUAGGUCCGCUGGUGGGCGCGGGUACUUCGGGCUGGCGCGCGGCCGGCUUCGGCUCGGCCGGCUCCGUGGGCGCCGUGCUGAGGGCCCGCGAGCCCGACGCGCUGCACCACGCGCUGUCCUCCUCCAGCGAGCAGCUGCAGCGCACCAGAAUCCUGCCGUCCCUGUCCCGGCACCGCAACCGGGAGCACUUGCACUUGAGCGACGAGGGCUUACACUUGGCGCCGGCGCGCUCGCUCGAGGUGGGCAGCGAGCGCCGACAGCGCCGCAUACAGCGCAUCAGCGAGGCCGUCUGCCUUACGCGAUCAAGAGUGAACCUCCUCCGACCGAAGAGCUACAGGAAGUCUUCUCACCGCGAUAGAAGAAUAGUGAUCAUAGUGACGACUUCAGCAUCAGAACCGGACACCGUUAUUGCUUCGUGA